UACUGAUGUAUGGGAAAACUAUUUUCAUUCGGCAAACAGUAAAACAGUAAAAUGCAAACACUGUGAAAAAGUUUACCAAUUUGGCAAUGUCAGCAAGAUGACCAGCCAUCUGUUAAAAUGUUAUAGAUGUCCAACUGUGAUCAAGAACAAAUUACAGAAAAUACCUGUUACUAGCACAACUGCCACAAAUCUGCCCUUGCAAGCUGAAUCACAUAAUGAAAUGUCACAGGAUAACAGUUUGACGGAUACAAUUUCUAAUAUUACGACUUCAUCAGAAAUUUUAACAGAAAAAAAACUUUAUCUAGAUCAGCUCUUAUCGAAGGCAAUAUUUGUUACCGGUUCUCCUUUAUCCAUCGUUGAACAUCCGCUGUGGGUACGAUUUUUUGACGAUUUGCAACCACUUUAUAAGUUACCAUCCAGAAAAGCUAUCUCCACAACACAUUUGGAAACUAUUUAUAAUGAAAUGGUCAAUGAAAUUACAGACGAACUGAAGUCUAUAAAUGAUUUACAUUUGCAGUGUGAUGGCUGGAGCAAUCAGCGCAAUGAAGGUAUCAUCAACUUCAUUAUUGCAAAACCUGAGCCUGUUUUUGUUAAAAGCCUUAAUACUCUUACAAAUCGACAUACAAGUCAAUAUUUAUCUCAAGAGAUAAUCAAUGUUAUAAACGUGUAUGGAGGCCACAAAUUUGUAACCGUUAUCGGAGAUAACGCAAAUAAUAUUCAAAGAGCAUUUCAGAUAGUUAAAAAUUCGUAUGCACAUAUAAUACCGCUGAGAUGUGUAGCACAUACAUUGAAUUUGCUAUGCGAAGAUUGCUUAAAACUAGAACCUAUUAAUGCGUUUAUAUCGAUCGCCACAGAUACAAUAAAAGCAAUAAAAAGAAACCAAAGUAUGAGCGUUUUAUUAGCUCAGAUUGUAAAAGAAAAAGGUUCAGGUGAAACAUUAAAAUUGCCUGGGAAAACCCGCUGGGGCAGUUACUGCACUGCGUUAAAAAGUUUAAAAAAAUCCAAAGUUGCAUUACAAACAUUAGCAGUUCACGAAGAUGCCAAUAUUUCAAGCGAAAUAAAAUCAAAUUUAUUGGAUUUAAAUUUCUGGACCAUGGUAGAAAAUUGUAUAAAACUACUGGAACCUAUAACAGAUAAAAUUUUCAAACUUGAAGGCAAUGUUGUUUUGUUGUUAUAAUAAACUGCUGGUUUUAGUUUAGUUCCUGAAUCAGGGUACACAUUUUCACUUUUCGAACACUAGGCAACUGCUAGUGCCCUAUAUACGCUGGCGCAAAGUAUGUGCGCAUCGCAAAGUAUGUAUUUUUCGCUGCAUUUGUUCUAAAAAUAAUAAAAAACUGUUAAUUUUUCUUAAGAUCGUGAUAAUUACGUUCUAUAAUGAAAAUACCCGUCAAUUGGGUUUUUUCCCACAUAAAUACCCGGUUUUUUCCCAAAUGGGAAAAAAACCUGGGUUUAUUCCCGUUGGGUUUUUCCCACUGCCCAUCUCUAGGCCACGCCCACUUUCCCAAAAAAAUUACAUCCAAAUAUGCCCCUUCAUAGUGCGAUCCUUCAUACCAAAUUUUAUUUCCAUAGCUUUAUUUAUGGCUUAGUUAUGGUACUUUAUGUGUUUUCGGUUUUCGCCAUUUUGUGGGCGUGGCAGUGGUCCGGUUUUGCUCAUUUUCGAAAGCAACCUUCCUAUGGUGCUAAGAAAUGAGUGUGCCAAGUUUCAUUAAGAUAUCUUAAUUUUUACUCAAGUCACAGCUUGCACAGAUGGACGGACAGACAGACAUACGGAUUUGAACUCCACUCUUCACCCUGAUCACUUUGGUAUAUAUAACCCUAUAUCUAACUCGUUUAGUUUUGGGUGUUACAAACAACCGUUAUGUGAACAAAACUAUAAUACUUUCUUUAGCAACAUUUGUUGCGAGAGUAUAAAAAUAUGGACCGUGAAACAUUAUUACAAAAUCAGUUUUCGAUUAAAAAAAUUUGUAUUUCAACAUGUUAGAAUGCGAAUAUUUGCCUAUGUACAUAUGUCUAUAUAUAUGUAUUAAAAUAAAUUUUUGAUAAGGCAAACAACUUGCAAUAUUGACAAAUGAGCUGCUAAAUGUUUAUUUUUUCGCAAAAUUCUGAAACAACGAAUGCGAAGUCAUAUAUUAAUUUUGUCUACUGCUAUAUUUUAAAAUUUUCUUGCUUUCUACGUGAAAAUAAA